ACAAGUGUUAUGAUCCAGAUAUCGAUAAAAAUAAUUAUGCAUGUUACUUACUUAUAUUGAAUACCUGCCAAAAUGUAAUUAGAGCAAGUGCACCGUAUCGGUUAAUAUUUGGUGUUUGAUCUCUUCAAAGUAUUAAACAUUAAAUGACAUAAUAAAAUAUAAUUUCUAAGAAUGUUGCGCUUUUGGAUAGCUUUCAAAUUCUUGGUGAUACUCGUAUCGACACGAGUAACGUCAGAAGAACAGUUUGUACGCCGGAUCGCCAUAAAAAUUAGGGAAGAUUACCAGGACACAACACUGAAAACACUGUCGAAAUAUGACUUUAAACUUCUAUAUAAAAUAACUCCACAGACGUAUAUCUUGGAAUAUCAAGGUUCUGGAAGGAGCUCCGAUUUGGAUAUUCUCCUGAAACAACUGAAGAACCGUUAUCAUGAUCAGAUACUCGAUAUUGAAAGAGUACAGAUUUUUAAUGAUACAGUGAAGCCUGAAUUUCGAACACAAAAUCUAAAUGUUUCAGCACGUGAGGAUUGUCUCGAGUGCGGGAAUUACUAUGGGAUGGGUGUACCAGAUGUAUGGUCGCUUGGUUACACAGGAAAAGGCGUAGUUAUUGCAGUGACAGAUGUGGGGAUUCAUACUGAUCUUAUAGAUCUGAGAAACAAUAUUAAUUCAGAUCUGUGCUACAAUUUUAUCGAUGACAGCAAGAACGUUACACCAGAAUUCUUCCAUAACUUUCAGGAAAAGGCAUCACAAUUUUCCUCACAUGGUGAUCACUGUGCAAGCCUUAUUGUAGCUGAAUUUGGUAAUGGAGUAUGUGCAUCUGGAAUAGCUUUCAAAGCUAAAGCUGUUGGGCUGAAGGUAUUUACUGUAACUCUAUAUAAGGAAACAUUUCCGGAACUGAAGCCGACAUUUUUAACAGGAUCAGAUAUACUAGCAAGAGCUUUAGUUCACAACAUCUCAGAAAUUGACAUAUUUGCUAAUGCUUGGGCACCAACGAAGCGGUUUUCUCCUCUAACCAUGGAAAUGGAGGAUGCUAUUGAAUAUGGUGCUAGGACAGGUCGGAAUGGGCUUGGAAGAAUAUACGUAGUUCCCACAGGACCUGCUGGAAAUGGUUUAGCGAACAACAUUCAUACCAUUGCAGUCAAUGGUGUAGGAAGAUUUGGAACUAUUCCCCAAGAUUCAUUUGUUAGCGCCAGCGUUAUUACUUCAGGACUUUCUGAAGGCAGUAAUAUAUCUUCCGAAUAUAUGUAUACUACUACUCGAAAGAACAAGUGCGUAACCAAUUUCAAAGGCGUGUCACCAGCUACUGCUCAAGUCGCUUCUAUUAUUGCGCUAGCUCUGGAAGCAAACCCAAGUUUAACACUGCGCGAUAUUCAACACCUUUUGGUGCAAUCAUCUGGAUACAAUGGACUUGACGAAACAUAUGCCUUUCGCCGCAAUGGGGCGGGUAGAUAUUAUCAUCAAUUCUUCGGAUUUGGACUUCUAAAUGCUACAAAACUUGUUACACUAGCUAAAACACGACAGAAAGUAUUGGACCGUUCAGAAAUACAUCUUGAACAUAUGACUAAGAGAAUUUCAGAAGACGGACACUCGCUCGAGUAUAUGUUUUGUCACAGUUGUACUGAUGUGAGCAAACAACCUUGUUUAACAGCUAUUGAACAUGUUGCUAUAUCAUUGGAAUUUGAGACAUAUACAAGGCAACUUGAGAUGGAUCUGACGUCACCUUCCGGAACCCGCUCAUUAUUUAUGAAGGAGACGAGGAGACUAAAACGGAGAAUAUCAGGACAGCUGGUAUCCGUAAAUUUUUGGGAUGAAUUACCAUUCGGUGAAUGGACGUUCACCGUAAAAAGCAGUCCUUUAUUGAGAGGUAGUUCACAGACAAACGUUACCAGGAUAUCAAUGAAGUUGUUUGGAACAAACGCAAUUAAGAAGAAUUUCAAAAGUCACAAGUGUGGUAUUAAUGUGGAAUAUAAAUACCAUCAAACAAACCGUCCCAUACAGCAAGAUCAGCCUCUUAAUAUCCUAGGUGCUGACAAGAGUAUAUACCUAGCUGUUAUAGUUAUAUUUUUCUUCUUAGCAGCAACUGUGGUUGCUCGGGAGUGUAAAACAAUUUACUGUAACAAAAUUGAUUACAAAACAUGUUUAAUUGUAAAAUAAAUGAUGACAUAUUCUGUUAUAGAAAUAUCCAGUGAGCACUAAUAUAUAUGUUUUUAUACGCCCGAAAGGACGUAUUAUGUUAUGGUCCCGGUGUCCGUCUGUCCGUCCGUCUGUCCGUCCGUCCGUUAGCAAUUUCGUGUCCGCUCUGUAACUCUUGAACCCCUUGAAGGAUUUCAAAGAAACUUGACACAAAUGUUCACUAUACCAAGACGACGUGCAGAGCGCAUGUUUUGGAUGUGUCAUUUCAAGGUCAAGGUCACAUUUAGGGGUCAAAGGUCAUAUGAGUGUGUUUCGUGUCAGCUCUGUAACUCUUGAACUGCUCGAAGGAUUCCAAAGAAACUUGGCACAAAUGUUCACCACACUGAGACGACGUGCAGAGCGCUUGUUUCGGAUGACUAGCUUCAAGGUCAAGGUCACACUUAGGAGUGAAAGGUCAUAUGAGUGUGUUUCGUGUCUGCUCUGUAACUUUUGAACUGCUUGAAUGAUUUCAAAGAAACUUGGCACAAAUGUUCAUCACACUGAGGCGACGUGCAGAGCGCAUGUUUUGGUUGACUCGCUUCAAGGUCAAUGUCACACUUAGGGGUCAAAGGUCAUAAAUGACUUUGCUUUGUGUAUAUUGCUCUGCAUUGCAGUGCUCGUUUUUAUUUUGCAGAUCCUUUUUUGUUCUCUUACAAUAAUUUUUGUUUUUGAAUUACUUCCCUUUUUGUUACUAUAGCUUAUUUUGAAACUUUUUUAUUAUUGGCCGUAGGGAAAAACCGAUACCACUUUUCUGUGGUACAACAUGGAUGGUACAUCCAAUUUUAAGAUGUAUUUUGACAUAACUUUAACUGGUAAGAAUUUUGUUGUGGAAUUUUUUUUUUGGAAUUUCUUCUUUUUUGUUGUUCCUGUCCUUUGGGCUUCAACAGUCAAGUUCUUUAAAUUUUGCUCCCAUCCUCUGAUGUAACCCUUCGGGCGUAUAUUGCCCCGCUUGGCGGCGCUCUUGUUAAAUUUGACGGACAACCCGCAUUUUUCGCAUUCCUUAUGUAACAUAAUUGAUCACAAAACAUUUACAAAACAUGUUUAAUUGUAAAAUAAAUGAUGAUAUAUUCUGUUA